AUGCGAAAUAAGUGGGUAAGUCUUGGCAACAUAGACUAUUGUGAGAUGCAUACGACCAUGGUGACGACGCAUCUGACUAUUGUUAGGCGAAGAAGCAAGUGCGAGCUAAAGCGGACUGGGCAUAACGCGCGAAUGUUUAAGGAAGAAGCCGUACUGUACUAUACAGUGCCAGAGCAGGUUGUUAUGGGCCAUAAUAGAGUGCGUUGUGGUGUGGUCUUGGCAAAAGUGAGCGACUUGGAUUUUUGCUUAUUGAAAACCACGCUGCACCUGGAAUCCCUCCUCUCCGGCCCUCUUCACUCUUUUCAUGUUCUCCCACCGAGUGCAACAUCUUCCGACAGAUAUUUAACCCCGAUUACGAGACGAACAACCAUGGCUGAGCCAUGUUCGCUGGACUACUCCAAGCUGCAGGAUCUGUACGACGCAUAUGAAAUCCAUAACGGACGCAACUUCACUAAGAUAAGCGGCCAUCACUUAGAUGUAUUCCUGUUGCGAUUCCUCUCACCACAUCUACGGUACAAGAAUGGUCAACUCCUCGCCCCAAAAGCAACGUACAGGACGCAAUACCUACGCACGCUUGACCCUGAGCACCUUGGCUUCCUCCUCGGCGAUACUUUGCAUGUGCUCUUUCACAAGUUUGGUGCCGAACAUUUGAGCACAUCCUCUACGGUCCAGUCCUUCGCAAAAACGGCUGAGACCUACAAACUUCUCGUGGAUCUUCCGGGAAAAGACUUCUUCUCUCUACUCGUCGAGAUCGCCUACGAAUAUCACGACAGAUAUAGAGAUCAAAAGACAUAUCGCAAAUAUCUACCGAUAGUUUGCACAGAUUCAUUCCUAGACGCAGCAACUAACUGCCUCACAUACGAUCUCGAGUCGCUGCUUCCAUACAAUGAGGCAUUUGUUCUCAAAGGGCUUUUCCGCAGAGCUUUUGGUACACGCCAGUCCUCCAAUUACUCCACCAUGAAACCAGAUGCCCGAAUCGACCGCCUUUUUCCAGACACUUCCCCAAUCAUGCAGCGACUUACCACGCUCCUUACGAAGCAUGCAGCACGGGAGAAAUCACACCCUAUGCUCGAAUCAAUAUUAGAAGACGAAGCUAGAAAAAUAUUCGAUGGGGGUUAUCUUGACAGUAAAUCCAUUCCAUACAAGACUAAGAGAAUGAGCGAUACCUCCGACCUCUCUAGCGAGCGCUCCUUUAUCACGGCACCAUCGGGGGGAUUCUCGAGCCAACGUUCAUUUAUUACAACAUUCUCGCAUGGACUCUCAAGCCGGCACUCCUUCAUUACCACGUUAUCGCAAUUCUCCGCCCGUACCCCGCGAUCCAAUGCAAGGGACAGUAUUGAUACGUUUCUCUCACUUGGAACCAAUACAACAACAGAUCGAAAUCCUGUCAUGAGAGGAGCAUACCACAAAAUGUUACAAGACCGCAAUAUUAUUCCGGAACGAUUGGUGGAGAUAGAUUGGUCUGGACGAGGACAACACGCAGAGUAUCAGUCUGGGGAAGAAGACAAAAUCCCCCUAGUGGUUGGGAAGGUUCUAGGGUUGACUGCGAAAGCGAUUGUCGAGAGCGUGCAAUGUAUGCGUGUGCGGCUAGUGAGGAAGACUGUAGGGUGGCCAAAGCGGAAUCAGCUUGAGCGCGAGCAAGCCGUCCAGGAAGUCCAACAUCUAUACCGCGUGCAGCAUGCCCACAUCGUCCGCCUAGUUGGUACCUACAUCUUCGAGGAUAACCUCGCCAUCCUCACGUACCCAUGCGCAGAUUGGAACCUCGAAACAUUCAUGCAAAUGACUUCUACUGGAGACGAUUUUUACAGAGAAAGGCAUGACGCCCUUGUCCAGUUUUUCGCAUGCCUUGCUCAAGCGCUAGAUUUCAUGCAUUCAUUCCCGCUCAAACACAUGGACAUCAAGCCUCAGAACCUCCUAGUGCGAAAUAUUCAACAUUCUUCAGUAAAUGGCUCGGAUAUGUACAAAAUCUACUACACAGACUUUGGGAUUUCUCGAUCAUACCCAACCGCUGCAGAGAGUGAGACGGAAAGCUGGACAUCCUUUACAAGAACUUAUGCGGCUCGAGAGGUAAUACUUCAAGAAAGGCGUGGGCUUCCAGCAGACAUGUUCUCCCUUGGUUGCGUGUACGCUGAGAUGCUUGCGACUAUUCUCGACGAAUUAGCGUACUCGGAAUCUGCGCAAGUACAUUGGAAAGAACUUCAAUCCGCUAGAGGAAGGACUGAAACCGGAUUUCGAGCGUACUAUUCCGUUGUUGACAACGUUCGAGCUUGGUUACAAGCCCAAGUUUUCCUACAGCUAGAGCUUGCGGUAGUACGAGACUGGACAAUACAAAUGCUCGAUAAUGAUCCAGGGAAACGGCCCACAGCACGCCAAAUUGCAGAGGAUCCCUGCUUACCUAUCGCAUGCUUGAGCUGUGCGCUGAAAAGUGGACCCGAGGAUUUCGAAGCUGUAGAACCGCCCGCACAAUUUAUACGGAUUGAGGACCCCAUGUGCAAGGAUGCUUUCAUUCGCCUAGAGAAGCCCAUACAUGACCAGGUUGCUGGCUAG